UUUUGACAAAUAGUACGGAAGUUUUGGGAAAGGUUUUUUUUGGGCAACUUUUGCGCACAUACUGUAAAGAUUUAGGGGAGGUUGGCAGGGGCGUGGUGUGACUCCGGACAGGCUGAUGACUCUGUGGAUUCACUCAUGCAUGGUCACACAAUGUGACAGUCCAGACAUGGCUGGAAACGGGAGGCAGCUCCGUCUAACCGAGCCCCAUCUCCGACUCCAAGCCGCCUCCAAAAACUAAUAGCAACAAAGGAAAACUUUUCCUUACACAAGUUAACGGCCCGGGACAGGCAGACAGACAGACAGACUCCACGCCUGGAGAAGUUUGUGCAUGAAUGAGUUUGUGUGGCAGCAUUUAAAAAAGAGUUUGUUGAGCUGUCAGAGGGGCGGCAGGUUGCGGUUUUGGGAUCAGGGAGACAGAGGGAGGGUCGCUGCAGCCGCGGGAGGUCUACACGCUUUUCAACGCACUCAAAUGAUGGCACCAAUGAUGGCAGAUGGAUUUGCUUUUCGUAUUUAAGUAUGACAUCUCCAGUCUAAAGGUGUCAUACAUAUUGUGAACCCUAGUCGAUGGAUUUAUUACCUUUAACACAAGAAUAUUUUACCUGUACUUUCUCCAUAGGCUAGAAAUCUUGAAGCAUGGGCGACUGGAGCUUUCUGGGGCGGCUGUUGGAGAACGCUCAGGAGCACUCGACGGUCAUCGGCAAAGUCUGGCUGACUGUCCUCUUCAUCUUCAGGAUCUUGGUGCUGGGGGCCGCGGCCGAAGAGGUUUGGGGCGAUGAGCAGUCUGAUUUCACCUGCAACACCCAGCAACCUGGUUGUGAGAACGUCUGCUACGACGAGGCCUUCCCCAUCUCGCACAUCCGCUUCUGGGUGCUGCAGAUCAUCUUUGUGUCCACGCCGACUCUCAUCUACCUGGGCCAUGUGCUGCACAUCGUCCGCAUGGAGGAAAAGCGGAAAGAGAAGGAGGAGGAGUUGCGCAAAGCAAACAGGUUCCAAGAGGAGAAAGAACUCCUUUAUAGAAAUGGUACAGAUGCUAGUGGAGGAGGAGGUGGCGGCAAGAAGGAGAAGCCGCCUAUCAGGGACGAGCAUGGCAAAAUCCGUAUCAGAGGUGCAUUGCUGCGUACCUAUGUGUUCAACAUUAUUUUCAAGACCCUGUUUGAAGUGGGAUUCAUUUUGGGCCAGUAUUUCCUCUAUGGCUUCCAGCUGAGGCCCCUGUACAAGUGUGCACGUUGGCCCUGCCCCAACACUGUGGACUGCUUCAUAUCGCGGCCCACUGAAAAGACUAUUUUUAUUAUAUUUAUGCUUGUGGUGGCUUGCGUGUCUCUUUUGCUGAAUUUGUUAGAGAUCUAUCACCUUGGAUGGAAGAAAGUUAAACAGGGCAUGAAAAAUGAGUUCGCCCCCGACCAUGCGUCGCUGCGCCGUGCCAACAUCGCAGAGCCUGAGUGUUUGGCCUCGGCCUCCAGAACUGCCCCCUCCACCCUCAGCUAUCCUCCCAACUACACAGAUGUGACGGCGGGCAGUGGGGCCUUCCUGCCACCCAUGGGGCCAGCAGCCGUGCCCUCAGCAGCAGAGUUUAAGGUGGACGACCUCCAGCAGGAGGAGUCCCUCCGCCAGCCCUCCCCUUCUUCCCACUACUACAUCAGCAACAACAACAACCACAGGCUGGCUACGCAGCAGAACUGGGCCAACCUGGCCACCGAGCAGCAGACUCGGGAGAUGAAGGCCACCUCCCCCUCCCCCUCCGCCUCUUCCGCCACCAACACCGACAAUGAGCAGCAGCAGCCCGUCGAUGCUGCGCUGCUCCUUCCCACCAGCAACACCAACAGUAACACCAACACUACUGCUGCUGCCGCCUCCAGCAGCAGCAGCAGCCCAGGCACAGGCUCCAAUGCAGGCAGCUGGGGUGGGGGGAAGAGCGAGCAGGAGGAUGGCCACGUCACCACCACCACAGUGGAGAUGCAUGAGCCUCCAGUAAUGGUCAGCACAGACCCUCGGCGGCUCAGUCGGGCCAGCAAGAGCAGCAGCAUCAGGGCCAGGCCGAAUGACCUGGCUGUCUAAAUCUCUUCAGCCCUUUCAUUUCCCGAAACCCUCCCUGACCAAUUAUCCGCUUCCCCCAAUCCCACCCUCAAACGGUCAUUCUCAGACAAAAAAGUCACACACAUGAAUAAAACAAAAAAACAAAACAAAAAAAAAAAAAACAAGAGAA